AUGCCCCUAAUCUACGCACUUGUAGCUCGUGAAACAAGUGUGUUAGCUGAGUACACUCCAUACAGCGGCAACUUCAACACUGUUGCAAUUGAAUGCCUGCAAAAAUUGACAAACCCAGAGAGCAAGUUUACGAUAGCAUGUGACAGACACACGUUUAACUUCCUUGUCCAUAAUGGAUACACCUUCUGCGUGGUCGCCGACGAGGCAUAUGGGCGCCAGAUACCGUUUGCGUUCCUGGAGCGGGUACGAGACGAGUUCGAGUCACGAUACGCUGACAAGGCCCGGACCGCAGCAGCACACAGCAUGGACCGUACCUUCGGACCUCGUCUCAAGACCCACAUGGAGUACUGCAUGGAGCAUCCGGAGGAGAUUUCAAAGAUUGCUGCCGUACAGAAAAAGGUUAAUGAGGUCAAGGAUGUGAUGGUGGAGAACAUUGAGAAGGUUCUGGAGAGGGGUGAGAAAAUUGAGCUCUUGGUGGACAAGACGGAUGACCUCCGGAACCAGGUACGUGAUUUUCAGCGCAAGGGCCGUCAGCUUCGCAGCAAGAUGUGGUGGCAGAACUGCCGCAUGAAGCUGGUGGUGCUACUGGCUGUAGCGCUGCUGGCGGUGGUCAUCUUCCUGCUGGCGUGCUUCGCUGGCGGCAACAACUGUGUUAAGAAGAAGGACUGA